ACACGGUGGAAAGGUCAUUUUUAACCUGUGAGAAGUGGUCCGACGUUCUUUUAUGAAAAGAAAAUUUACGAGAUUUAUUUUCAGUACCGAUGUGAAUAAUUUACUGCUAAAAACACAAAAUUCUUUUUUACAUGAGCAAACCUUACACUUAAAAUAAAUGAAAAACAGUUGGAUUCGUCAUAUACAUGUACAUGUAUCACGUAAGUCGUUGAACAUUUAUUUCUCGGACACGAUUUGUGGGGAGACCGUCAAACAGCAUGGAUAAUGGCGGCCCAGAGAAAACAGAACAACUGCUGCUACAUCAUGGAUAAUGGCGGCCCAGAGAAAACAGAACAACUGCUGCUACAUAUGCCAUCAAAUAUUGUCUAGUAAACAAAGACUUAAUUCUCAUCUAAAAGCUUGUCAUGAUAUAUGUGGAUAUGAAGAAAAGAGGUACAAGCUUUAUAACACUGAUGCAUCUAUUCCCGUUCCGCGCAGUACACAGUACAGACAAAGAAAAAAUGAUGGACAGAAUGCCACACAUCAUCAAAUUCAAGCAUCAACUUCAAGCAAUGUAUCUCUGGUUGCUAUUGAUGGUGAAGACAACAUUGAUGGUGAUGACAACAUUGAUGGUGAUGACAACAUUGAUGGUGAUGACAACAUUGAUGAUGAUGACAACAUUGAUGGUGAUGACAACAUUGAAGUUGAUGACAACAUUGAAGUUGAUGACAACAUUGAAGUUGAUGACAACAUUGAAGUUGACAAAAUUGAUGGUGAUGAAUAUGCCGAAGCUGAUGUUAACAUUGAUGAAAACAGCAACAGUGAUGAUGAAAGUGAAUAUGAUUCUAGUAGUUUUGAGGAGUGUGCCUAUGAUAGUUUUGAUGAUUCAGAUGGUAACGAUGAAGAGAAAGAUGAAGAGGCUUCAAAUCAGAAAUGCAACAUUUUGAAAAAGAGUCUUAUACCACCACAUUUCACUGAAAAACAUGAAAAGAGCAUGGCACUUCUCUCUUACCUGAUGAAACAUCACGUGAGUGGUCAAUCAACAUCAGACUUGAUGGAUUUAUUUAACAUUUUAAAUAUCAGUGAAACAAAGGACACUUCCGUGGAAAAAAUCAAGGAAACUAUUGGUGCAUGUGAUGUUUCAAUCAUUGAUUACUGUGAAAAGUGUUUUACACUUUUUCCAGAGGAUAAAAAAUUAUAUAAAUGCAUACAGGAUGGAUGCGACGGACUUCGAUAUAAAGGUAGUUCAAAUAAACAACAAAACAUGGAAAAAAAGUGUUUCUUUGCCUGCCUGUCAAUUGAUAAGCAAAUUAAAGACAUAUUACAACAGGAUGGAAUAUGGUCUUGCAUAAAGAACUACAAAAAACAGACUGCCAAAACAGAUGCAGUGACAGAUAUUCUAAAUGGAAGAUUGUAUAGAACAUUUUCAGAUCAAGGAGAAAGAUUGUUUGAGACAGAAAAUUUGAGCCUUAUUUUCAACACUGAUGGAGUGCCACUUUAUAGAUCAUCUGGAGUGAGUAUAUGGCCUGUUUACCUCGUUCUUAAUGAACUUCCCCCUAUUAUGAGGUUUUCCAGACAAAAUAUUAUUCUUUGGGGAGUCUGGCAAGGAAAAGGAAAACCACAUUUUCAAACCUACCUCCAGCCAUUUAUACAGCAGCUCAUUUCCUUAAAAACAAAAGGGAUUCAGGUUACAAUCGAUGAGACUAUUUUGGAUGUGAAAGUUUUUCUUUUAGCUGGCAGUUUAGAUUUACAGGCUAAAGCUGCUGUAGCCCACAUGACACAGCACAAUGGACAAUUUGGAUGUAUAUCUUGCGAGGAACCUGGUGUUGUAGUGUCCCAAGGUAAAGGUCAUUGCAGAGCCUUUCCAUUUAGGGAGAUUCCACCUGUAUUGAGGUCAAGCACAGGAUUGCUGGACAAUGGGAUUGAGGCCAUGGAAUCAACCAACAAAAAUGAGAGAGCUAAAGGAAUUAAAGGAAUAAAGGGGGUCUCAGCCUUGCAUGGAUUAGACUACUUUGAUAUAGUCAAUGGACUCGUUCCCGACUAUAUGCAUGGAGCACUCUUGGGUGUGACAAAGAAGAUGUUGCAAUUGCUAUUCACAUCAAAGUACUCAAAGGAACCAUUUUAUAUUGGUGACCAUAUAACUACAAUUGACAAGUACCUCACAGGAAUGCAACCAACAGAUAAUAUUUCCAGAUUGCCUCAUUAUGUAUCAAACCUUGGCCCUUUGUGGUGUUGGUCCUGUUUCCCAUUUGAAGAUCUUAAUGGCGCUCUACUUGAAUCUGUUCAUGGAACAGGCAAUGUCUGUUUGCAGAUUCUGUGGACAGUACAAGCCAAUAAGAGAUUGUCAGUGGAUAGUCAGUUUAUAUCAGAUUCGCAAAGGAAAGAAUAUGUCCGCAGAAUGUUGAGUUCUGGAAGGCCAGUGAAAAUUAAGUCUAUAGCAAAGAACUGUAAAAUCGCUGGACAUUUGCACCCUGAAACUGUUGACAACGAAACAGCUUUAAAACUCAAACUUGCACUUGGCAUUUCACCAGACAGUGACUUAGGGGAUCUUUACAAAUCUUUUAGAGUAGUUGUAGGCAAUAAUUGUGUCAUUUACAGUGAAAACUAUACUAGAAUGAGUAAGCGCAUAGGAUAUGUUGUUCUUACAUGUAUGCCAGAUUUAAAACUUGCUAUGGUGAGUCAUUUUUUACUGCAUGCAUCAAGUAAGUUAUGCUUUGCUGUAGUUAGGAAGUUAGAGUUGAAUGAUGGGCACAAUUCAUUGCUCCAUCCCUCUGUAUCACAUAUGAUGAAGAUAAGGCCUUUUGAAGAACAAUCUGAAGAAAAGUACAUUCUACCCACUGACAAAAUUCUAGAAAAAUUGCUUCUUUUGCAAGGAAACAAAAAUCAUGUUUGUCUUGCAAGACUGCCAAAUUUAUAUGGUCAAUGCUUUUGAAAUUACCAUACCAUUUGUUAAGUUUUGGCAUUUUGAAAUUACCAUACCAUUCGUUAAGUUUUGGCAUUUUGAGAUGCCCCCUCUAGUAACAAGAUGGUAGAAUUUUGUGUUUCUUACAUAUAUUGUAUGAUAAAGUAUAACUCAUCAAAUAUUUUAGUAUAUUUACAUUAGCUGUGUUUUCCUAGUAAGCUUACUGUGGAAUUGAUUUGAAAAACAUUUUCGUGUAUACUCACGCGUAGAAAUAUACACGGAGAAACGUGCGUUAACGUGACGUCACAAUGAGAAUGCAGCGAUGUUAGUAAAAUGCAAUAAUAUAGGACAGCGAGAUAUUCAAAUAUUGAUUAUUUUUUGGAUGCCUCCAAACAAGUAAAAUGUAAAUAUAAUGAAUGUUUUUCAGUUUAGUGUGAAUUAUUGGUUUGUGAAUAACACAGACUUGCACGUAGGCAUAUUUUUCAUAAAGCGCUAGCUUCAAAACUCAAACUUGCACUUGGCAUUUCACCAGACAGUGACUUAGGGGAUCUUUACAAAUCUUUUAGAGUAGUUGUAGGCAAUAAUUGUGUCAUUUACAGUGAAAACUAUACUCGAAUGAGUAAGCGCAUAGGAUUUGUUGUUCUUACAUGUAUGCCAGAUUUAAAACUUGCUAUGGUGAGUCAUUUUUUACAUCAGGAUGAUUUGAUGCUGUUUUUCAUAUUUUUCAUAAAGCGCUAGCUUCAAAACUCAAACUUGCACUUGGCAUUUCACCAGACAGUGACUUAGGGGAUCUUUACAAAUCUUUUAGAGUAGUUGUAGGCAAUAAUUGUGUCAUUUACAGUGAAAACUAUACUCGAAUGAGUAAGAGCAUAGGAUUUGUUGUUCUUACAUGUAUGCCAGAUUUAAAACUUGCUAUGGUGAGUCAUUUUUUACAUCAGGAUGAUUUGAUGCUGUUUUUCAUAUUUUUCAUAAAGCGCUAGCUUCAAAACUCAAACUUGCACUUGGCAUUUCACCAGACAGUGACUUAGGGGAUCUUUACAAAUCUUUUAGAGUAGUUGUAGGCAAUAAUUACAAGUGUCAUUUACAGUGAAAACUAUACUCGAAUGAGUAAGCGCAUAGCCAGGAUUUGUUGUUCUUACAUGUAUGCCAGAUUUAAAACUUGCUAUGGUGAGUCAUUUUUUACAUCAGGAUGAUUUGAUGCUGUUUUUCAUAUUUUUCAUAAAGCGCUAGCUUCAAAACUCAAACUUGCACUUGGCAUUUCACCAGACAGUGACUUAGGGGAUCUUUACAAAUCUUUUAGAGUAGUUGUAGGCAAUAAUUGUGUCAUUUACAGUGAAAACUAUACUCGAAUGAGUAAG